AUGUCGUCCGACAACUCUAAAAAGCUCGUUCUCCAGAGUUCUGAUGGCGAGGACAUCAUAGUCGACCGGGAUGUCGCUGAGAGAUCAAUCCUCAUCAAGAACAUGGUCGGCGAUCUGGGCGAGGAUGCUAUGGAGGAGGCCAUUCCCAUCCCCAAUGUCAACGCCGCUGUUCUCAAAAAGGUGAUCGAGUGGUGCACACAUCACAAGCACGACCCUCCUGCAACGAACGAAGAUGACUCGGACUCGCGCAAGAAGACGACCGACAUCGAUGAAUGGGAUCAAAAGUUCAUGCAGGUUGAUCAAGAGAUGCUAUUUGAAAUCAUCCUGGCUGCCAACUACCUUGAUAUCAAGGCUCUGCUUGAUGUCGGUUGCAAGACGGUUGCCAACAUGAUCAAGGGCAAGUCACCAGAAGAGAUCCGCAAGACGUUCAAUAUUCAGAACGACUUUACACCCGAGGAAGAAGACCAGAUCCGCCGGGAGAACGAGUGGGCUGAGGAUCGUUGA